CAAUGAGGAAGUGAGCUUGUGGUCGUUGAUAGAAGGGGGAAAAUAUACUCUGUCAAGAAACAAGGAGACAUUUUGAGAUUAACGCUACGCUUCGUGUCCGUUGUACGGGGGACAAAGUCGCCUCGGACUGACCCCAAAUCCCGCUGCUGUCCGCUCGCCUGACCGUGGACGUGGUGGUGGUGGUGAAGUGAACAACGAGGAGGUAGCUAUGAUGAACACAGACGUGGAAUUCCACAUCAGACAGAACUACCCCUGGAACAAACUGCCCGCCAACGUGAGACAGAGCCUGGGAAACUCACAGCGGGAAUAUGAGAAACAAGUUCUGCUGUAUAGCAUCCGCAACCAGCUGCGGUUCCGCAAUAACCUCGUGAGGCACGUGAAGAAGGACGAGCGCAAGUAUUAUGAGGAGCUCCUCAAAUACAGCCGAGACCACCUCAUGCUAUAUCCGUACCACCUGUCUGACAUCAUGGUCAAGGGCCUGCGAGUCACCCCCUUCUCCUACUACAUCGGGAUCAUGGAGGACAUAAUGAACAGUGAGAAGAGCUACGACUCGCUGCCAAACUUCACUGCUGCUGACUGUCUGCGCCUUCUUGGAAUUGGGAGGAACCAAUAUAUCGACCUGAUGAACCAGUGCAGGUCUUCCAAGAAAUUCUUCCGCAGGAAAACUGCGCGAGACUUACUACCAGCGAAGCCUGUUGAGAUCUCAGUUGAGCCGUGGUGGGUGGUGCAGACAGGUUACAUCACGGAGGAUGAUGUCCGGGUCUGCUCUCCAGCAGAGAAGAUGGCCAUUGAUAAGAUGAUCGAUGCAGGUCCCCAGCUGGCUGGGUCAAUGGAGUACAAUGUGGUGCUCAGUCUGUAUAACAGGGGUUACAUAUACCUGGAUGUACCCAUAUCUGAUGACAGCUGCAUUUCAGUACCACCCCUGGAAGGAUUUGUGAUGAACAGGGUCCAAGGAGAUUACUUUGAAACACUUCUAUACAAAAUAUUUGUCUCCAUCGAUGAGCAGACCAAUGUGUCUGAGCUAGCUAAUGUACUGGAGAUCGACUUGGGCCUGGUGAAGAAUGCCGUGUCCAUGUACUGUCGCCUGGGCUUUGCAGUAAAGAAGGGCCAGGUGAUCAGCCAGGACCAGCUACACCCCAGCUGGCGCAGCGCCCCUUGUGUCAACAGACUGAAAAGUACUAUGGACCCACAGAAGAUGUUGCUGUCCUGGGAAGGGGGCAGCCCUGUGAUGGAGGCUGGUUCCUCUGCCACAGACACAGACACCACCAGCCUGGAGGACCAAGACUCUGCCAGUGUGAGCAGCCUGAACAUCCCUGCCGGCCCCACUAAGCGCAUCGCCUUCUUGUUUGACUCCACCCUCACUGCCUUCCUGAUGAUGGGCAACCUCUCACCUAACUUGAAGAGUCAUGCAGUCACGAUGUUUGAAGUGGGGAAACUGUCUGAUGAGACUCUGGACAGCUUCUUGAUGGAGCUUGAGAAGGUUGAAAGCACUGCAGAAGGGGAGGCUCAGAGGUAUUUCGACCAUGCACUCACCCUCAGGAAUACAAUUCUGUUUCUGCGCUACAACAAGGAGCUAACCUCUGACCCUGACCAACCAAAUAUUGGCCUCCCACUGGACCUUCUGCGCUGUGAGAGCCUGCUGGGGCUGGAUCCAGCCACCUGCAGCCGCGUGCUCAACAAGAACUAUAAGCUACUGGUCUCCAUGGCUCCUCUCAGCAACGAGAUCCGGCCCAUUAGCAGCUGCACGCCUCAGCAUAUCGGUCCAGCCAUCCCAGAGGUGAGCUCCAUCUGGUUCAAGCUCUAUCUUUACCACGUGACUGGUCAGGGCCCACCCUCCCUCCUACUCUCCAAGGGCUCGAGGCUUCGGAAGCUGCCGGAUGUCUUCCAGGCCUACGACCGACUGCUGAUAACCUCUUGGGGUCACGACCCUGGCGUUGUUCCAACAUCCAAUGUGCUGACCAUGCUCAAUGAUGCCCUCACCCAUUCUGCAGUGCUGAUUCAGGGUCAUGGCAUCCAUGGGCACGGAGAGACCAUUCAUGUCCCAUUCCCGUUUGAUGAGGAAGACCUCAAAGGAGAAUUCUCCUACUCCAACAUGUGUGUGCACAAGGCUCUGAGGAUCCUGCGUGAAAAGGUGGACCUGGAGCACUUGUGUGGUUAUAUCACGAUGCUGAACGCUACUAACCGCCACCGCAGGAGGAUGAGUGACUGCUCAGAUGGGAGAGGGGACACAGAGCUUGGUGGGGGCUACGAUGGCAACGGCAGCACCGAAUCCUUUGAGCUUGUCACCGAGGAGAACAACGGGGAGGUGAACAGAAAGCAAGGAGUGGAAGUGCCCUCAUCAGAGGACGAAUGGGUCCCGCUGGAGCUGUGUUUUGGAAUGCCUCUCUUUAACUCCGACUUGAACCGAAAGGUGUGUCAGAAGAUCAUCUCUCACCGGCUGUGUGGCAAAGACAGCCUUCAGGAGCUGUUACAUUCCAGCCGCAAGCUAGCCUUGAGAGUUCUCAGCUUCGUCCAGUCGUUCCAGGAGCGUGGCCAACCAAUUGACCCAGACAGUGGGAUCGCCAGCCCCCUGGGCCAGCCCCCUGCCGAGUCGGGGGUACCCCUACCGGCUGUCAACCUGCUCUUCAAGGACGGAAACCUGAGUGAAUGGAGUGGUCGGGCCCCGCCUCCUCUUGACAUCUCUGGCCUGCAGAAGGACCAGCCUGCCUAAUGCCCUUUACCCCUCCUGUACCCCCCCACUCACCCACCUAAAUCUUGUAAUAUAUUCCCAAGACACAGCAAGCCCCACCCCUUUCUGAUUGGCAGCUUUCAUAAAUAGGCCGUGUUACUUUGAGGUUGUAAUGUUCUCCACUGGUGCUGCUGCAAAACCUGGAGGUUAAAAAAGGAGCCAAAAGUAACGCUGUUGUUAUUUAUCAAGACUAGCACAAUCUGGUUUUUAAUCCUUUGAAUAAAUGUGUUAUCACAUACUUUCUGUUGAAUAGGGAGUUAUGCAUAACAUGUAAAAAGAUAUAUUAAAAAUGACUACUUCAGGAAAAUAUACAAUUUGUAGGACCAAGCCUGUGGCUUAAUGAAGCUGUUGGAAUCUGCCACUCAAACCCAGGUCGUGUUUUUUGUUUCACUGCAAGUAGCCUAAUGCAUGAUUCUAUUGCACAGGAAUUCCUGAGGAGUUUCAGACAUUUCAGCCAGUGAACACCACAUGAAAUAGGUGGGGUUUUAUUUUGCACAGUGCAGUGCUUUGGACUCUGGACCAGCGAGUGACCCACACAUAAAAAGAAGGUUUGAUUUGUGAUUUUAGUCUUCGCCUCGUUGUUUGUUCCUAUCACACAUUCCAAAGCGCAGUUCACUCCCCCAGUCAGUAGUAGGCGCCACUUGUCUCGUGGCUGGUGUUUUUUUUCAGAUGCAGUGAAGCCGAUCCACUGUGGGAACACCAAAGAGCAAUUUUUGGCAUGGUUUUUUCCGUGUGUUUGCUACGGAAGCUCAGCAGAUUGCCAGGUCCACUCUGUCUGUGCCCCAACAGUGCAUAUAACACUUCCUGUUAGACUGUACAUUAGAGUUGCAGGGAUUUUGUUUACAGCAUAAUCACCUGAUGGAAACAUAUGUUAUACAUUACGAACCAAAGCUGGAAAUUAAACCUCUUGCAUGGUCUUGGAUGAUGGGGAGCUUGGUGGAGUGCCAGUAAAGUAAGCAUGUUUUAAGGGUGAACUUGGAGAUGUGGAUGGAGAUGAACUGGGUGGAGGUAUGAUGGACGUUCUGAUUAGUUCCCCCAUUUCCUUUUUAGGAAAGACACUGCUGUUUUUUGUUGCCUUUAACAAGUCAUGUGUUCUUGAUUUGGAUCUCCUUAUGGUCAGCCGAUGGUGAUCAAAAUGGAGAGUCUUCAAUGCAACUUGAGUGUUGCCAACCGUCAUGUUCACGCCCAUCUGUAUGUUUUCUAGACAUCUGCAGUUCUGUUUCACCACUUGUGUGCCACACCUUUAACUCUCCAUGUCCUGAACCUGUCUCGCUCGUCUGUCCAGAAAAUCUCCGAAGCCUUCUUGACACCCCACCCCCCCAUCUGUUUCAGUGUUAGAGAACUAAUUACCUGUAGUUUUAUGUCAACCUGCAUUUUAGGAAUCUUUGUUGUUGCUUGAUUGUUGGGACUGUGAAUAUUAAUCUUAUGAUUAAAUGGGUACAUCCGUGACAUUCCUCUUCACUAUUUCAAAAAAUGUGUUAUAGAUGAUACAGUAUGUAAAAAAAGAGAAUAUUAAUUAAUAAAUGCGUCGAAUGACCAAUCCCCUUCAAAG